UAAUUCGGUGGCUAAAUUCAGGGUGCAUUCAUUGACAGAGGGCUAUUCGGACGAUGACUGGCUCUGAAGCUGCUGUUCUCGCCCCCAUCGCGGAGACUUAUGUCUGCGGUAGCCUCUGGUCUAGAUACUACUAGGUCUCAUCUAGUAGGAAUCCGCGACGCUUCGAUGCCACGGGCCUAUGGGCUCCUCCUUCUUCUUCUCCUCCUCCCUGCUCGCACGACCAGCAUCGAGCGAGCGCUUGUCUCACUUUCCAUCCGGGUCUUAUCAUGGCUCGACUCACCGCACGGCAGGGGCAGCGCCCCCCUGGCCGACUUUAGUAGUUCUCAACUCAAUUCCUGUGAUGGUAUCGAUUGGCUGCGUGUCUGAUUUGCCACCGGGCAUGCAAGCCACAGCGGAUAGUCAU